AUGGACACUCUGAAGAAAAUUGAGCAGGCGGGAACAUCUGAUGGGAAACCUACCCAACUAGUUAAAAUUAUUGAUUGUGGUGAAAUGUCUGAAACAAAAAUUCAGCUCACAGUCGAGAAGGAGAAAGUGAAAAGGAGAAAAUCAGGGAAAUCCCUAACUUCUGAUGAUAGUUCUGACAAAAAAUCAAGGGUAAAGAGAAAAAAAUCUUCCAAAGACACAAGGAAGAAAAGGAGGAGAUACUCAACAUCUGAUAGUGAUAGUGUUAUGGGAAACACAGGAAGAGGAAGAGAAAUAAGCGCAAGCAUGGGAAGAAGAGGAGAAUUGGACGUAAGCAGAGAAGGAAAAGCCAGCACGGUAGAAGCAGAAGAUCAAGACCCAAGUCCAGAUGGAGCUCAGAUGGUUCAAGUGAUAAAGAAAGUGAGAGAUCUAGUGCUAGUGGCAGUAGUUCUGGUGAUGAGAAAGCUGAUCACUCUGGUCGUAAAACACAUGCUGACAAUAAUGCACAAAGAGAUCUAG